CGCUCCGCGUGCCUCGGCCGCCGGCCUCGCCGCCCUCCGCAUCCGCCGUCUGGCUGGGUGGCGGCCUGCCCGUCUCCUGUCAGCCGGGGGAGCGGCACGCGUGGCACGGAGACGGAAACGUGGCAGAACCCCGGGGCUGCGGGCUUCGGAUGCGUGAGGCGCCGGGGGAGCCGGCGGGCAGCGGGCGCUCCUCGUGUCUGCGGCGCUGCUUCGUCCUGCGGGCUGGGAGCCCCCCGGCGGGAGGCGGCUGUGGGCUGCGGGAGUGCGCGGUACAGAGCUGGUGAGGACAGUGACCUCUCACCCCUGAGAACAGCAUUCCUGGACCUGCUGACAGCCUCUGCCGCUCAGCCUUACCUAGCACAAUGUCAGGCCAUCACACUCCCUCUGCUGGGGGUCCCUUCUCAGCACUCACACCCAGCAUUUGGCCGCAGGAGAUCCUGGCAAAAUACACACAGAAAGAAGAAUCCAUCGAGCAGCCAGAGUUCCGCUAUGACGAAUUUGGUUUCCGAAUUGAUAAGGAAGAUGGUGCUGAGCCAAACUCCAGCAAACUCCUGGGGCUCCCGCUGACAGAGGAGCCACAGCAGAGGCUCAAGUGGCAGGCUCAUCUGGAAUUCACACACAACCACGACGUGGGUGACCUCACCUGGGACAAAAUUGAGGUCACCCUCCCACAUUCAGAUAAACUGCGCUCCCUGGUGCUGGCUGGCAUCCCACACAGCAUGAGGCCACAGCUGUGGAUGCGUCUGUCUGGGGCCUUGCAGAAGAAGAGAAAUUCAGAGAUGUCAUAUCGUGAUAUUGUGAAAAACAGCUCGAAUGAUGAAACCAUUGCUGCCAAACAGAUUGAGAAAGACCUGCUCCGCACAAUGCCCAGCAAUGCCUGCUUCUCUAACAUGAACAGUAUUGGGGUGCCACGGCUACGCAGGAUACUACGGGGACUUGCCUGGCUCUACCCGGAGAUUGGAUACUGCCAAGGCACUGGCAUGGUGGCUGCCUCUCUGCUGCUCUUCUUGGAGGAGGAAGAUGCCUUCUGGAUGAUGUGUGCUAUCAUUGAGGAACUGGUUCCCGCCUCCUACUUCAGUACCACCCUGAUGGGAGUGCAGACAGACCAGCGUGUCCUGCGACAGCUCAUUGUACAGUACCUACCCCGUCUGGACAAGCUGCUCCAGGAGCAUGACAUCGAGCUGUCCCUGAUCACCUUGCACUGGUUCCUCACCUCCUUCGCUAGUGUUGUCCACAUCAAGCUGCUGCUGCGCAUCUGGGACCUCUUCUUCUAUGAGGGCUCUCUGGUGCUGUUCCAGCUCACUUUGGGCAUGCUCAGUAUGAAGGAGGAUGAGCUAAUCCAGUCUGAGAACUCUGCCUCAAUCUUCAACACGCUCUCGGACAUCCCAAGUCAGAUAGAAGAUGCAGAUGUGCUGCUGCGGGAGGCCAUGCGCGUGGCCGGCUCGCUGACAGAUGUGGCGGUGGAGACCCAGCGUCGCAAACACUUGGCCUACCUCAUUGCUGACCAGGGACAGCUGCUCAACUCCAGCACCACUGUCAACAAUUUAUCCAAAAUCGUGCGGCGCAGGACUCAGCGCAGGAAAUCUGGCAUCACCUCUCUGCUUUUUGGAGAUGAAGACUUGGAGGCAUUGAAAGCCAAGAACAUCAAGCAGACAGAGCUGGUGGCCGACCUUCGCGAGGCCAUUCUCCAGGUGGCACGGCACUUCCAGUGCGUGGAUCCCAAGAACUGCAGCAUUGAUCUGACUCCAGACUACAGUAUGGAGAGCCACCAGCGGGACCAUGAGAACUACGUGGCCUGUUCCCGCAACCGACGGCGCCGUGCCAAGGCACUGCUGGACUUCGAGCGUCACGAUGACGACGAGCUGGGCUUCCGCAAGAACGACAUCAUUACGAUCAUUUCCCAAAAGGAUGAGCACUGUUGGGUUGGAGAGCUGAAUGGACUGCGAGGUUGGUUUCCUGCAAAAUUUGUGGAGAUCUUGGAUGAGAGGAGCAAAGAGUACUCCAUUGCUGGAGAUGACUCGGUCACAGAAGGGGUGACAGACUUGGUGCGAGGGACACUUUGUCCUGCCUUGAAGUCCAUAUUUGAGCAUGGAUUGAAGAAGCCAUCGCUGCUGGGGGGUGCCUGCCAUCCUUGGCUUUUCAUUGAAGAGGCUGCAAGCAGGGAAGUGGAACGGGACUUUGACUCUGUGUAUUCUCGCCUCGUGCUCUGCAAGACUUACAGGCUGGAUGAAGAUGGCAAAGUCCUCACUCCAGAGGAGCUGCUUUAUCGGGCAGUUCAGGCUGUGAACAUGACGCACGAUGCUGCACAUGCACAGAUGGAUGUGAAACUCCGUUCCCUCAUCUGCGUUGGGCUCAAUGAACAAGUGCUACAUUUGUGGCUGGAGGUGCUGUGUUCAAGCCUGCAGACCGUGGAGAAAUGGUUUCAUCCCUGGUCGUUCCUGCGCAGCCCUGGAUGGGUCCAGAUCAAGUGUGAGCUGAGAGUGCUCUGCAAAUUUGCCUUCAGCCUGUCUCAGGACUGGGAGCUGCCAAUAAAGAGGGAGGAGAAGGAGAAGAAGCCACUGAAGGAAGGCGUGCAGGACAUGCUUGUGAAACACCACCUCUUCAGCUGGGACAUAGAUGGGUGACCUCCACCCCCCCCCUUGCCCCAGGAACCUUCUCAGUGGCCUGCACUCCUCUCCCCAAGUCCCAUCAUCUCACAUCCCCUUCCUUCCCCUCCCCACGCUUGUAUCUGUGACAAAAUCCCCCUCGGGGGGCUGCGAGGCUACCUGGGACCGAUGCAGCGUGGCCUUGUGGCAUUGCUGCCAGACCCGAGGGAGGUGACGGUCGAUGCUGAUGCUGCACAGGGACACACGUGUGUUCUGACCAGAAAAAUGAGUGUCCCCUCCCAGCCUUCCCCACUUCUGCCACCCCCAUUUCCCUGGGGAGAGGGGCUGCAGGCCCAGCCGCUGUGUGCCAGUGUUUCCAGUGCUGCCGUAGCUGUGGGGCAGAGGCAUUCCUUGUGGGAUGGCUUUGAUCUGUGAAGGGUGGCACUGCAGAUGCAGGUGGAAUCGAGCUGGUGAGGGACUUAAUGCUGUGUGGAGCAGGGAUGGCACGCACCCCACCUCGUGCCAUCCAAGAGCUCACCUCCGAGGGGAGAGGGAGGGCAGAACCUGAAGCACUUGAAUGGGUUCGCCUGACCUGGAGCCAGGGCAGAGAAGGGGGAACUGGUAUCAGCCUCAUCCCGCUUCUCUGGCACUGGUGUGUGGGAUGUCGACAAGAGGUGCCGAGAGCACCGGCCUGUUACUGCUCUAACAGCCCCAGGGGACGGGCUUUGUCUCCUGUGGGAGCAGACGAAAACCAACACUCCCCUAAGACGAGUGUUUCAUGCUAUCAUUUUAGUCUCUACGUGAUUUUUACUGUUAACCAAAAAGCUGUAAAUUAACUCCGGGAACGUGUGUAUAUUUUGGCACUGUCGUAGCUCAGGAUGGGGUUCAGGUUGGAGCCGGCUCAGGGAGACCGACUGGUCCUCCUCGCCCUGCGGCGGGGGCAGGGACGCCAGUCGGGAGUGGAGAAUUGCUGCUUUGUGGUGGUGGCUCUGGAUAUGGAGUCUGUGACUUUCUAGUGAAAGCGCUUGUCAGUGAGCACAAACUACUCAUGAGAUGACACUAGAUUCUUACUUUACUUUAUUCUGUGGGUUUGUAAAUAAACUGCAUCUUGGGAGAGCACUGGACUUUGGCUUUGUUUUUCCGUGGGACCGGGGCUAACUAAAUUCCUUGUUGAGCAGAUUGCCCACAAAACCAUGGGUGCCCCAACCCUGGAAGCACUCGAGGCUAGGUUGGAUGGGGCCCUGAGCAGCUGAGCUGGGGGAAGGGGCAGCCCUGCCACUCACUCAAGCCCUGCAGCCUCACCUCUAGCAGCAGGGUCCAGGGCAGCCCACAGUGCUGUGAGGAGGCUGGAAGGAGUUACUUGUGUUCCUCCUAAGGCCAGUUCUGGAUUAUGGCUUUGGUGGCUCUUCAGAUUUUGGAAGGACCCGGAGAACUCAGCCACCCUCAGCUGGAAAAGGCAGCGGUGUCAGGCCCUCCCACCGGCACUACAGAGAAGCUUCUGAGCACGUGGCUGUUUGGAAUUUUUUUAAUAAAAUGUUUUUUUUUUUUUCUUUCAAAUAUUUGUAACUGAAAAAAUAAUUCAAUUUAAAGAUCCAUUCUCUCCCCCAUUAACUUGUCACUCUUAUCCUUUUCCAGUUGAAUACUCGCUCUGGAUCCGACACCCCAACACCAUCCAUCCCAGACGGUGCCGAUCACCCCUCGCCUUUUGCUGCAUAGUGGAAGGGAGAGUUCGUGCUAGUCAAAUACACGUUACAAACAAGUAGUGGUUACAGCAGAAAGAUUCAGGAUUACAUUCAAGGUAGAGGCAGAACAUCAGACUUUUUGUUUUUCCCAAUGGGUGCAGAAAUGUAUGUCCAGGGGAAUACCUCUUCCAACAAAGAACUAUUGAACUAUUAUUCAAACAAAUAAUAGUAAGAAAGCAGAGAACUGGGCUAGCCUGCUCUGGGCACAUCUUGGGGAAAAGACCUCUAUUAUUAUUUUCUGGGAUGAGACACCCCAUUCCCACUGCCCUUAGCCACCAGGUUAUCGCUGCUGUGCUGGCAGAAGCCCUUUGUGCAGAGGGCCCUGGCAGGCUUGCUGCGUUCCUCAGCUGGUUUCAAGUACAUUGGGCCAAUGUAACAUAUUCCUACAGCUUUUGUAAGGGCAGGUGGGUGAGCAAAGGCAAACAGCAGUGCAUAGGAACUGAGCCUUUUGCCACCCACCCAGGGGAAGGGUGAAACUGCCAGCAAGGGCUGGGGGCCCUGGCCCAGCACAAAGAUCCAUGGCUGAGUCAGGCCUGGGGUGCAGGUGGAGUGCUCCCAGCUUCCAUAGGAGCAAAUUGCACUUGGAUACUUUCAUUCUUUAUUUGCUGGUUGCCACUUUGUGAUUAUUUGUACAAAAGAAAUCACACAGGUGUUUCUUUUUGGGGAAGCUGCUGCUCUCUGCAGGCUAAAAGCAGCUGAUUUUGCUCGAGUUUGAGGAAAAGGCAGCCUCAUUUUUCCUCCUUAACAUGUAAAAAACUUCAUGGAGGAAAGAUCUUCCUGCCCCCUCCCUGCUCCCCUGCCACACUUUUCUCCUAUGCUGUAUGCCUCCUGUGCCAUGUGGUCCCAUGGCCAGUCAGCUGUCCUGGGGGGGGCUCUAAUACUGUCGUUGCUCAUAUCUCAGAGCAAAGAGUCAGAGCCUGUGCUGCAAGAGCUCUGCAACAUGAUUUCUAAUUCCUGCCUCUGCUCCUCUGUGCCAGGCUCCUGCUUCUCAGUACACGCAAUGCACAUCCACCAUAAUCGUGCUGAGCCUGAGAAAUGAGAAGUGAGGAAGGCAGUAGUGGAGGGAAGGGGCUGGGGUUGUCCACCAGUCCCAGUUACUGGUUUUUACGGUGGGACUGGGGCUUGGGCAACAGAAGGAGUGGGGGCAGAAAGGCAGCUGCCAGCAGGCAUCCCCCGCAAAUGAUUAAGGAAGUGGUUCCCCAUGUAGCUGACAAGCAGAUCGGGCUCAGGAAGGCAGGACUUUCUCCCAGACACACUGCAGGUGUGAGCUCAACCAGCUGCCAGGUCAGUUCCUGACAGCGAGUACCGUGGGGCUGCAAGUGUACAAGAAUGGAGGUACCAGGCCACAGCUGAUUGCUGUGUUUGCCUCUUAACACUGAGGUGUGGGCACAG